CGUUCAGUCAACUUCGCGCGCUCUCACUGAUUUGCUGGUGUCUCUAUAGCGGAAACAUUCCUUAGCUUUCCAGUAAAAAAUCAAACAAUGUCCACGGACUCCACCGCGUCAUCCGUGCCAUCGCGAAACGUCGAAAUCAAAGCUUCGAUUGGUGACGAGAAAGCAUUCCGCCGAAAGGUUUCCAUUGCGGAACAGCUCACCGGCAACGGCGGGGAAAUCAUCAAGCAGCACGACGUUUUCUUCAACGCCCAGAAGGGACGCCUGAAGCUGCGCUAUCUAGAGACCAAAAAAUCCGAGCUGAUUCAUUACUUUCGACCCGACGUCGGAGGCCCGAAGCUUUCCACCUAUCAUAAAAUCGAUCUUGACGAACCAAAGCUGAUGGAAACGAUACUGGCGGAAAGCGUUGGCAUCAAGGGAGAGGUCCGUAAAAGGCGCCAUUUGUUUCUACAUCAGCAAACCCGAAUUCACCUGGACGAUGUUGAGGGUCUGGGGUAUUUCUUGGAGUUUGAAGUUGGUCUAAAGCCGGACCAGACGGUGGAAGAAGGGACACGGAUUGCUAAUGACAUGCUGAAGCUGUUCGAAAUAGCUGACGGUGAUCUGGUUGAAGGCGCUUAUAUGGAUAAAUUGUUGAAAUAAAAGGCUUUUUUGGAUUA